AUGCGAAAAUUGUGCAUUUCAAAACUAGUAGAGGACUACAUUUAUCAUGGUCAGGUGCAGUGUAAUAAGCUCCUGGAUGAAAAACAAGAACACACAUCAAAUAUUACUUUGCAUAGAUUACCAAAGUGUGAGAAACAAAAAGAAAAGUGGCUGAAUAUACUUGGUAUAGAAAACCUCAACACCAAAACUAAACACAUUUUUAUUUGUUCGCUACAUUUUGAAGAAAAAUGUUUUAAUCGAACUUUAAAUGUUACAAGGCUGCGCGAUGAUGCUUUGCCUUCAAGCGAGUUGUUGUUACCAGCUCAAUUUGAAGAUUGUAAGGAACAAGAAUCUGUUUCUCGCAAGGUGUUGGUAGAGAAACCUAGCUACAGCACUUCUAACUAUGCAGAGUUAAAUUAUGCUCAUUUCCUAAGAGGGUGCUGUGCUGUGCUGUGGGUAAUUAAAAAAUCUUGA